AUGGUGUCAGGAACACAGGAGCAGGUGGACCCGUCUAGUAGUGAUGAAGAAGACGCCGGAAGUUCGGCCAGUCGUAGACGCCGCGGUGGAGGAUUGUUUGCUACGAGAAGUGGCGACACUGCUGUGAGUUUGCUCUCGAGAAGCCAACAUUCCGUCCGGUCUGAGCACGGCCGCUUCGAGGCUGAGAUGGAAGCCGCCAGCAUGGCAGCGACCGGGACUCUGCUUCCGUGGGUGCGCCAAAGGUGUCCAAUCGUCAUGCGUGGCUUCUGUGACUCGUCAGUGGAAACCUACUGUUUUCCUUCGUCGAGAUGGAGACGACAAGAAGGUGACAAUGUCUACUCUUCAUAA